AUGUUGCGAAAUCUUCGAGGGCUGUUUCGGUCGGUGUGCGUCCGGCUCAGUGAUUUCCCUGUACCUGAGAGCUUUGCAGCCCUUGCUGCUGCGUGUGUUAAGGCUGUGGAAGGUUUUGACCCACCGCAUCAAAGCGAUACAAGAACUAUUUAUAUAGCAAACCGUUUUCCCCAGCAUGGCCAUUAUGUUCCUCAGAAGUUUGCAGACAACAGAAUCAUAUCAUCCAAGUAUACAGUGUGGAAUUUUGUUCCAAAAAACCUAUUUGAGCAGUUCAGAAGAGUAGCCAACUUCUAUUUUCUGAUUAUUUUUUUGGUUCAGCUCAUGAUAGACACCCCUACCAGUCCUAUUACCAGCGGAUUGCCAUUAUUUUUUGUCAUAACUGUGACAGCCAUAAAACAGGGUUAUGAAGACUGGCUACGACAUAAAGCAGACAACGAAGUAAAUGGUGCUCCAGUUUAUGUUGUUCGAAGUGGUGGCCUUGUAAAAACUAGAUCUAAAAACAUCCGGGUGGGAGACAUUGUCAGGGUAGCCAAAGAUGAGACUUUUCCUGUUGAUCUGGUUCUCCUGUCAUCUGAUCGAGCUGACGGUUCAUGCCAUGUUACUACAGCAAGUUUGGAUGGAGAGACCAAUCUUAAGACACAUGUUGCGGUCCCAGAAACAGCAGUGUUACAGUCUGUUGCCAACCUGGACAAACUUGUGGCUGUUAUAGAAUGUCAGCAGCCAGAAGCAGAUCUAUACAGAUUUGUUGGAAGAAUAACUGUAAGUCAACAAGCCGAAGAAAUUGUACGACCUCUUGGGCCCGAAAGUCUCUUACUUCGUGGAGCGAGAUUAAAAAACACUAAAGAAAUAUUUGGUGUUGCAGUGUAUACAGGUAUGGAGACAAAGAUGGCAUUAAAUUACAAGAGUAAAUCUCAGAAACGGUCAGCAGUAGAAAAGUCCAUGAAUUCCUUUUUGAUUAUUUAUCUAAUAAUCCUCCUCUUUGAAGCCAUUUUGAGCACUAUUUUAAAGUAUGCAUGGCAAGCUGAAGAAAAAUGGGAUGAGCCUUGGUAUAAUGGAAAAACAGAGCAUGAAAGAAACAGCAGUAAGAUUCUGAGAUUUAUUUCAGAUUUUCUUGCUUUUCUGGUACUUUACAACUUUAUCAUACCUAUCUCACUUUAUGUGACUGUUGAGAUGCAGAAAUUUCUUGGAUCUUUUUUUAUUGGCUGGGAUCUUGACCUCUACCACAAGGAAACAAACCAGAGAGCACAAGUAAAUACUUCAGACCUCAAUGAGGAGCUGGGACAGGUAGAGUAUGUGUUUACAGACAAAACCGGUACAUUAACUGAAAAUGAGAUGCAGUUUCGGGAGUGUUCCAUUAAUGGCAUAAAGUACCAAGAGGUCAAUGGUAAACUAACACCAGAGGGUUUUUCUGAAGAUUCUCCAGAUGGUACAAAUAAAGUUUUUUCUUUAUUGCAGAUGAAAGAGGAAGAACUCUUCUUGAAAGCAGUUUGUCUUUGUCAUACAGUGCAGAUCAAUGCAGAUCAAACAGACGGUGCUGAUGGCCCCUGGCAUGCCAAUGGAAUAGCACCCCAGUUGGAAUAUUAUGCUUCUUCACCAGAUGAGAAAGCUUUAGUUGAAGCUGCAAGCCGGGUUGGAGUAGUAUUUACUGGAAUUAGUGGGGACAGUAUGGAAGUAAAAAGUCUUGGAAAACCAGAGAGGUAUAAAUUGCUUCAUGUUUUGGAGUUUGAUCCAAAUCGCAGACGAAUGAGUGUCAUUGUAGAGAGUCCCUCAGGGGAAAAGCUUUUAUUCACAAAGGGAGCAGAAUCCUCCAUUCUUCCUCGUAGUAACAGUGGAGAAAUAGACAAAACAAGGAUACAUGUGGAUGAAUUUGCUUUGAAAGGACUGAGAACUUUGUGCAUAGCCUACAGAAGAUUCACACCGGAGGAGUAUCAAGAAAUCAGCAAACGCCUUCAUGAGGCCAGGACUGCCUUACAGCAACGGGAGGAAAGAUUAGCAGAUGUAUUCAACUUCAUAGAAAGGGAUCUGGAAUUACUUGGGGCUACAGGAGUAGAAGACAAACUGCAAGAGAAAGUCCAAGAAACUAUAGAAGCACUCAGGUUGGCUGGUAUCAAAGUGUGGGUACUCACUGGAGAUAAGCAUGAAACAGCUGUUAGUGUCAGUUUAUCAUGUGGACACUUUCACAGAACCAUGAACAUCCUUGAGCUUGUGCAACACAAGUCAGACAGCACAUGUGCAGAACAACUGAGGCAGCUAGCCAAGAGAAUAAAGGAAGACCAUGUUAUCCAGCAUGGAUUGGUUGUGGAUGGGACCAGCCUUUCUCUUGCUCUCAGGGAACAUGAAAAACUGUUCAUGGAAGUUUGCAAAAACUGCUCUGCAGUGUUGUGCUGUCGCAUGGCACCCCUUCAGAAAGCAAAGGUAGUGCGACUGUUAAAAACAUCUCCAGAGAAACCUAUAACAUUAGCAAUCGGUGAUGGUGCUAAUGACGUGAGCAUGAUACAAGAAGCACAUGUUGGCAUAGGAAUCAUGGGCAAGGAAGGAAGACAAGCUGUAAGAAACAGUGACUAUGCAAUAGCAAGGUUUAAAUUCCUCUCCAAGUUGCUUUUUGUUCAUGGACACUUUUACUAUAUUAGAAUAGCAACCCUUGUACAGUACUUUUUUUAUAAGAAUGUGUGCUUUAUUACACCACAAUUUUUAUAUCAGUUCUUCUGUUUGUUUUCACAACAAACGCUCUAUGACAGUGUAUACCUGACUUUGUACAAUAUUUGUUUCACUUCCUUGCCUGUCCUCAUCUACAGUCUUUUUGAACAGCAUGUGCAUCCGCAUGUACUGCAGAGCAAACCUGUGCUCUAUCGAGACAUCAGUAAAAAUGCCCAUCUGGGGUUUAAACCAUUUCUUUACUGGACCAUCUUGGGCUUUUUCCAUGCAUUUGUUUUCUUUUAUGGCUCUUAUCUACUAAUGGGAGAAGACACCUCUCUGCUGGGAAAUGGCCAGAUGUUUGGGAACUGGACAUUUGGUACUUUGGUCUUCACUGUUAUGGUUAUCACCGUUACAAUGAAGAUGGCACUAGAAACUCACUUCUGGACAUGGAUAAACCAUUUUGUUACUUGGGGAUCCAUUGUAUUUUAUUUCAUAUUCUCCUUGUUUUAUGGAGGAAUUAUCUGGCCAUUUUUACAUACCCAGGACAUGUACUUUGUAUUUGUUCAACUGUUGUCAAGUGGUUCUGCUUGGUUUGCCAUAAUCCUCAUAGUAGUUGCUUGUUUGUUUAUUGAUGUUGUGAAGAAAGUGCUGUACAGACAUCUACAACCAACAAGUACUGAGAAAGCUCAGCUUACUGAGGCAGGUUCAGGUAUCAACUGCUUGGACUCCAUGUGCUGCUUCUCAGAUGGGGAAACAGCAUGCACAUCUGUUAGAAGAAUGCUGGAACGACUAAUAGGAAGAUGUAGUCCCAGCCGGGUCAACAGAUCAUGGAGUUCCUCGGAUCCCUUCUAUGCCAACGACAGAAGCAUCUUGACUCUCUCCACAAUGGACUCAGCCACUUGUUAA